UGGCAGUAGUGUGUCAAUAUUGGCACUGACUAUCAAACGAGUAAGAAACACACGUGGUACACUGUAUCAUCAUGGGGAAAAGAAGGAGCAAAAAGCAACUUUUUAAUAAUCUGUCCAAAAAACAAAAGAAGCAUUUAAAAGAAUUCGGAGAGGAGCAUCCAUUGCAUGAUACGGUCAGGGAAAGGUCCGAAAGGACACAAAUAGUGGAACAGGCACAAAGCCCGGAACACUCUGAUGCUGAGCUGGACCAUUUGGAGGCGGGAGAGGAUGAACCAGAGGAGAAAACCGCUUAUCAGAAACUUCUGUCAACACUCAGCCAACCCAGUGAACAAAGUGAAGAGGACAGCACUGAUGAGGAAGACGAUGAAGAAGAAGAGGAGCUUGUUAAAGAAGUAAUUACAGAAAACAGCAAUGAUGUUCACCAAGAGGAGGGUGGUGAUUCGGAGUUUGAGGAGGAGGAGGAAUCAAAAGAUUCAGGUGUAAUUCUACCUCAAGUCUUAGAAGGUGAAAAAGAGGAGCAGGGAGGAGGUGAUGAGUUCACUGACAAGGAGUAUGAGUCUCAAUUCUGCCUGGAGACCAACUUUAUUGGUGAAAGAGAACAAGAAGACACUGGGAAUGCUGACCAGGACAAAGACAUGUUUUUCCAGCAUUUGGGGAUGGAGCUCACUGAAGAUGAUGUGCAAAAGAUCACAUUAGGCAAUAAAACAAAGACUCAGAUCACGUGGCCAAGUUUUGGCUCACUUAUUUGCACCAGUCCCUUGGAGAAGUUUGGUCCUGUCAGCUCACACAAAGACACCGACCUGCCAGCUUUCCAUAAAUUCUUGGAAACCAGUUGGAAGAAACUAAACCGGACUGUAAAUUCCCAGGAGGAAACCGAGGAAACCAGCGCUUUCCAGUUGGAGCUUUUGGCUCUCAUGGGUACAUAUAAAGACCUUUACUACCCAGAGAACUGCCCUUUGAAGGUGGGCCCGCAGGUUCGAAGAGCGUACUGCCUCCACGCUCUCAACCACGUGCUGAAAGCCAACUCCCGGGUCCUCACUCACAACGCACAGCUCAGAGAGCAGCAAGAGCAGGCUACGCAAGGAGGAGACCUACAGCAUGAACCAAGAGACCAAGGUUUGACUCGGCCCAAGGUCCUAAUUCUGGUGCCAUUUCGAGGUGCAGCGCUACAUAUCAUCCAAACUUUCAUCAACCUACUAGAGUGCAAAGGCAAGAAGGUGGUGGUCAGCAACAAGAAGAGGUUCAAGGAGGAGUUUGGAGAGGAUUCGGAUAAGAAGCCGCACAGACCAGAUGAUUACCACGCCAUUUUCUCUGGCAACGUAGAUGAUCACUUCAGGAUAGGCAUCUCCAUCAUCAGGGGCAACAUGCGCCUCUAUGCCCCUUUCUACUUGUCAGAUAUUAUCAUCGCCUCACCGCUGGGCCUCCGCACAGUCCUGGGAGCUGAAGGAGAAUAUAAGCGGGACUUUGAUUUCCUCUCCUCCAUCGAGAUGCUAGUAGUAGACCAGGCUGAUGUCUUCCUCAUGCAGAACUGGGAACACGUCUUGCAUGUGAUGAAACACAUGAACCUGCAGCCGCUGGAUUCUCACGGAGUGGACUUUUCACGGGUUCGAAUGUGGAACCUUAACAACUGGGCUCGACAUUACAGACAAACACUCGUGUUCAGUUCCAUUCAGGACCCACAGAUCAGUAACAUCCUCACCAAACAGUGCGCCAACUACCGCGGACAGAUUUGUAUUAAGAACAUCCCCAAGUCAGGCUCCAUCUGCCAGGUGCUGGUCCAGCUGCCACACGUGUUCCAGAUGUUGUCUUCCGAUAGCUUCAUGGACCAUGAUGCACGGUUUCAGUACUUUGUAGAUGAAGUGCUGCCUCAGUACAGGGAUUCAAUUAUGUCGCACACGCUGAUCUACAUCCCCUCCUACUUCGACUACGUCCGACUGCGCAACUACAUGAAGAAACAGGAGUUUAACUUUGCGAGUGUGUGCGAGUAUUCCAGCAAAUCAGAGGUGUCUCGAGCAAGGCACUUCUUCCUGAAAGGGGAUAAACAGUUCAUGCUCUUCACAGAACGCUUCCACUUCUAUAAGAGGUACAUCAUCAAAGGAAUUCAGAACUUGAUAUUUUACGGGCUACCAUCCUUCCCCCACUUCUACAGCGAGGUGUGUAACAUGCUGGCAGCGGGGGGUCAGGCAGAAGAGGCCAGCUGGACGUGCACAGCGCUCUACUCCCGCUUUGAUGCUCAUAAACUAGCUGCCAUCACGGGGGCACAGCGAGCCAGACAGAUGCUGCACUCGAACAAGAGCGUUCACCUCUUUAUUACCGGAGGAGAAGAUAAAUCAAAUUAAAAACGAGGACUGUUUGACUCUUCAAGGGGUCAUGGGUGAGCUGGAACCAAUGCCAGAUGACUGACCACACCCUGGACCAGUGGAUAGUGAGGUCAUUACAGGACAAUUGCAAAUGUCAAAUUCAGUUUCCGACUGUUUGUGGAUGUCCCGAUUACUAAAAUCGUUUUCUUAAAACAAAACAAAAUUAGACAGAUUGGAUAGAUCAGGUUUGAUUGCUGCCAGGAUUGGGUUGCUCAUACAGUGCAAAUCCUGAUAAGAGUCUUAACCUUCAUAUCAGUCACUGGAGUUGAUCCAUAAAUAUUGUGGAACAGCUGGCUCGAUGUAGUAUGUUUCAGG